CUUUGCGCUUCUUUCUGGGCAGCUGCGGCUCCCUCCGCGCUCCCUCCGUCUCCCGCCGGGUUAAAGAUAGCCUCCCUCCUCCUCCUCCUUCUCGUCCGGCCAGGAGGGCUCUCGGUCUGCCUGCCUGCCUGUUUCUCUGGGGCGAUGGAGCGGGCGGCGCUGCUGGGCUCCGGGCGGGAGGCGGGCUCGGCGGUGGCCAUGGCGGGGGACGUGGGAGAGCUCCUCGUGCCCUACAUGCCCACCGUCCGGGUGCCCAAGACCGGAGACCGCGUCUACAAGGCCGAGUGCGCCUUCUCCUACGACUCGCCGGAUUCUGAAGGAGGGCUUUAUGUCUGCAUGAAUACUUUCCUGGGAUUUGGAAGGGAACAUGUAGAAAGGCAUUAUCGGAAGACAGGGCAGUGUGUAUACAUGCAUUUGAAACGGCACGUCAAGGAGAAGGUAACAGGGGCAUCUGGUGGAGCUUUACCAAAAAGGAGAAACACCAAGCUAUUUUUAGAUCUAGAGUGCAAUGGUGAUUUGAAUAAUGAUGACUAUGAAUAUGAGGAUGAAGCAAAGCUUGUCAUAUUUCCAGACCACUAUGAAAUUCCUUUACCCAAUAUAGAAGAGUUACCAGCGCUGGUCACAAUAGCUUGUGAUGCAGUCCUUAGUGCAAAAUCUCCAUACAGAAAGCAAGAUCCAGACUCAUGGGAAGAGGAACUCCAAGUUUCAAAACAUGCAAACAUUCUUGUACAGAUGGACAAUGGUGUCAGGAUCCCACCAAGUGGCUGGAAAUGUUCAAAAUGUGAUUUGCGGGAGAAUCUUUGGCUGAACCUUACAGACGGGUCAAUACUGUGUGGGAAAUGGUUCUUCGAUGGCAGCGGAGGAAAUGGACAUGCCCUGGAACACUACAAGGAGAUGGGCUAUCCAUUAGCAGUCAAGCUUGGAACAAUUACUCCAGAUGGUGCAGAUGUUUAUUCCUUUGAUGAAGAGGAGGCAGUUUUGGACCCACACAUAGCCAAACACUUAGCGCAUUUUGGUAUUGAUAUGCUACAAAUGCAUGUAAUAGAAAACGGCCUGAGAGAUAAUGAUAUAAAACCCAGAGUCUCCGAAUGGGAAGUGAUCCAAGAAUCUGGCAUGAAGCUAAAGCCAAUGUUUGGUCCUGGGUACACUGGCCUGAAAAACCUGGGCAACAGCUGCUAUGUCAACAGUGUCCUGCAGGCGCUUUUCAACAUCCCUGAAUUUCAGAGAGCGUAUGUGGGAAAUCUUCCAAGAAUAUUUGAUUACUCACCUCUGGACCCAACACAAGAUUUCAAUACACAGAUGGCUAAAUUGGGACAUGGUCUCCUAUCGGGCCAGUAUUCUAAACCGCCAAUGAAAUCUGAGAUCAUUGAACAGGUGAUGAAAGAAGAACAGAAGCCUCAGCACAAUGGCAUUUCUCCUCGCAUGUUCAAGGCUCUGGUCAGCAAAGGACACCCCGAAUUCUCCUCCAAUCGGCAACAAGAUGCACAUGAGUUCUUCCUACACCUCAUAAAUCUAAUAGAGAGGAACCACAUUGGUUCAGAAAAUCCCAGCGAUGUCUUCCGGUUCUUGGUGGAAGAGCGAACACAGUGCUGCCAGUCUCGGAAAGUCAGAUACACGGAGAGGGUAGACUAUCUCAUGCAGUUGCCUGUGGCAAUGGAGGCGGCCUCAAACAAAGAUGAAUUGAUUGCUUAUGAACUGAAGAGGAGGGAAGCCGAAGCUGCAAGGAGGCCCCCUCCAGAGCUUGUACGUGCCAAGAUCCCCUUUAGCGCUUGCCUUCAGGCCUUUUCUGAACCAGACAAUGUAGAAGACUUCUGGAGCAGUGCUCUGCAAGCCAAGUCUGCUGGAGUGAAAACUUCUCGCUUUGCUUCGUUUCCUGAAUACCUGGUGGUACAGAUCAAGAAGUUUACUUUCGGCCUUGACUGGAUACCUAAAAAACUUGAUGUUUCCAUAGACAUGCCAGAGCUCCUGGACAUCAAUCACCUUCGUGCUACAGGCCUUCAACCAGGAGAAGAAGAACUUCCUGAUAUCUCUCCCCCCAUUAUCAUUCCUGAAGACCCCAAAGGUACUGCCUGCUACCAUGAGGAUCUCUACCUCCCUGCCAUUCUCCACCACAACUCACCGGACAUUGAUGAAUCCUCAGUGAUGCAGCUAGCAGAGAUGGGGUUCCCACUGGAAGCAUGCCGAAAGGCUGUCUAUUAUACUGGCAACAUGGGGGCGGAGGUGGCUUUCAACUGGAUCAUUGCACACAUGGAAGAACCAGAUUUUGCAGAGCCAUUACUCAUCCCUGGCUAUGCGGGAGCUGCUUUUCCUGGGGCAGAUAAGCCAGGAUUUGCUGGGCUGGAUAACCAGCCUCCAGAAGAGAUGGUUGCCAUCAUUGCUUCUAUGGGCUUCCAACGGAACAUCGCUCUCCGGGCGCUUCGGGCAACAAAUAACAACUUGGAACAUGCAUUAGACUGGAUCUUCAGCCACCCAGAGCCAGAGAAGGCAAAUGAAGCCAGUUCUGAAGCCAUGGACAUAGAGAACCACGUGAAUGCCAACCUCCUUGCAGAAUCUGACCCAGAGGGGCCCAGGGUCAAAGAUGGGUCUGGACGAUAUGAACUUUUUGGGUUCAUCAGUCACAUGGGAACAUCGACAAUGAGUGGCCAUUAUGUUUGUCAUCUCAAGAAGGAAGGGAGGUGGGUGAUCUACAAUGACCUUAAAGUCUGUGCCUCUGAACGACCGCCUAGAGAGUUGGGAUAUAUUUACUUCUACCGCAGGAUAUCAAGUUAGGCCUCAUUUAUAUCUCCUGGCCUUACGAAGCCAUAAGCCUUUUUAUUCUGCCAAAAAUAUUGUUUGAAACAAGCAAAGCCUUUGGACUGCCAAAAAAACAAAAAACAAAAAAGGAAAAUAUUUGGGUACUAUUUAUAGCUUAAAUCAGGAUCAGUCAUUUGAUGCCUUCUUAAACUAUAGUGGAGAAAUUUCUGUUUAGGUCACAGUGUGUUUGAGGAUUUAAAAUGUAUACACAUUUUGUGGAGACCAUAAGACUGUUCAAAUCACACGAGGAGUUUGCAGCAAGCAACUGGGAAAUGCAAAGCCAAUCCUAAUCUCCAAAAAGACCACACUUCUUACCUCACAGCUCAGUUUUGACUGUCAAAAAUCAUUGCAAAGUCAACAAUUAUAGUCAGCAGCUUCCUUUGACUUGGAGUUUGCCACUGUUCUGAACGGAAGUCAUUAAAUUCUUGGUAAAGAAUCUGUUUGCUGGCAUGGAAAUUGCUUAGCUGUGAGCUUUGUAUCUCCAUGGUUAGGAGGGGAAAUGAGUAUAAAUCUACAUAUCCUGGUAUGUAACAGCAGCUCUGAAUAUUUUGAAAAUAUCAGUGCUUGAAGUUAAGGUUAAUCCCUGAGGCUAAAGUUACUUUCUUUUUACUUGGUGCUUUGGUUGGUUUGAAAACUUAUCUUGAAUGUUUCUGCCUUGACCCACCACUUGCUCAUGGUUUGGGAGCAAAGAAGUGCUCAUUUCAUCAGUUUCACUGGAUCAGUAUGCACAUUUGUAUGUGUGUAUCUGCUCCUCCCAAUGGGAAAUAAAUGCUCUCAUGUGCAAGAGCUCUGUGUAAGCAUCUAAGUUCAUGUGGGGCUGUGGAUCAGUAAGCUGCAAUUUGGUGGUUUUUCCUUGCUUGAUGAGGAUUGGAACACAACAUAUAUACCUUCAUAAUGCUCGCAAGUGCUCACCUUGUGCCUAGUUUUUCUUGUGCCUUCUUCCCUUGUUCUGUGAGAACCCAGAGCCCAUAAGUCUGCAAAAAUUAACAUAUGAUGAGGAAGAAUGGAUGUGAUGAGAACCUGCAAAUGUGGUGGAUCAGGUAGGAUUCCUUGCCGUAAAGAAGCUAUAAUGGCUGUCACGUGGGCUAUGAACCAAAAUUGCUUCUGUUUUGGGUUUAUUGUGGGCCUCUUUUAUUUUACUCUUUUAUACCACUCAAGAAUAUGUAUCACACACUUCUUUUCAAUUUUUAAUGGGAGCUUUUUGAAGAUAACUUAUACUAAACGCAACCCUCUUCAGAAUUAGCGAUGGAGAAAAUAAUUUCCAUCAAUGUGUAGCCAUGCAUAUUGUUCUGCUUUCUGGAAAAUGCUGAGUCCUUUAAAAAAUCUUCCUUGUACAGAAGUAGGGUUUGAUAAAACUGCUGAUGAGGUUACCCUAAUUUUAGAAUUCUAAAAAAAUCCCCAACAAUGAUAGUGAUUUAUCAGCAGUUUGCAAAGGAACCAAUCACCUGAAUUAGUCAGAUUGAUCUUUUUAAAAGCUUGCCCUCACAGUUAAUUCUUUCCAUCCACACUCUAGAAUGUCUUUUUGGAUUUUUUAAAUGGUUUUGCAAAGCGUUCUAUUAUUUGAAGUGUUGAGGUUGAGUGGUUUCUUUCCCCCUUUUCUCAAUUUCAUGAAGAAAAUGAUGCCCUUUGGAACUGAACCAAGGUAGUUUAAAUUCAUCUGCUACUGUGGAAAUUAACUGGCGUUCCUAAAUAAAGAUGUAACGUCACACUUCUUUAUACAAGAUGUUCAGGAGCUUUAUGUGCAUACAGAGGUACUUGUACUGUGUGGAAAGCUUUGACUUUCAGGUAUUUCUUGAAGCUAGUAUAAUUUGAAACACAUAAUUCUUUAAAGCCCUGGAUGGCACAUUGCUGUCCUGAAACCAGUAUCUGGAGAAAGUAGAAUGAGGCUUUCCAGUGCAACAGCGUGGUCAGUAGUUGAAUCCAGAGUUUGUAUUUUAAAGCUUGUUUCUUCCCCUGCUCAUUCCUGCCUUGAUUCACUUACCAAGACUGCUGCAGGCCAGUUGGGAUGCUUUUCUAUCUCAUAGCCAGGUCUGGCUCAGUCUUUGAUCCCAGGCUCCCAGCCCAUUUAAAUGCAGCACAACAGUUGACCUUGUGCUUCUUUUUUUCUAGUCUGGGUAACCUGCCUAGAAUAUUCAUGUUAUUCUGAUGAUUCCAACGUCAGAUUUUGCAGAGUCUGGGCUUGCCUUAUGGUGCUUGCAUUUCACUUUAUUUAAAUGAGAUGUCAGAGAACUGAUGGAGAAAUGCAACCAAAUAACCUUUUCUUCCAUCUUGUGACCUCAAGGGCUAGCGUGAAGCAGCGGACAACUGUUUUGCUAACUUUCUCUUUAUGGGUGAAAAUAAUUGGAACUCCGCAUUCUACCAUAAAAUUCUUCUUUCUAAAACAAAAGCAGGUUGUUCAUGUCUGUGAGUGUGUAGGACAUGGGGCUGCAUAUUGCAAAGUUUAAUAUCAAGCCAAAAAAACCCAAUCUUAAAUGUCAGACUGUUUAAAAUGUCAUGCAGCUGUUGUGACAGGUGUUUUGUUACUGCUGUAGUUUCCUAAAUCUUUCAGUGCCACACAACUCACUUUUGUGUAUAUCCACACAUAAUUGGUUGAAGAGAGGUUUUGGAGGAUCAUUCAAUCACGCAAUGAAUAAAAACAGGGCAGAACAAUGAAUAGGACAACAUUCAAUCACUGUCAGAAUGCUUUCAGAGAUGCAUUUUGCCCCAAAUUUCUCAUUCUUCCAUCACAUGAUCAUAUUUAUAUUUCAUUCUUCUGCAUACAAUGUGGAAGUCUGAAAUACCUGACUCGGGUGCAAGUGUACAAUCUAUCAGAAAUGUGUUCUUUGUCAGCCCUUUUGAAAUGAAAUGGGAUGCUCAGAUAACAUUCUGUUAUCUACCCAUUUACCUUAACCAAAUUUUAAUAUGGUUGGUUUAACAUCCUGCCAUAUUAGGACAGGAUCAGUGGACACCAGGCUUGGCCAACCUGCAGCCCACGAUGCCUAUGAACACAAAACUGUAAACAUAUUUAAAACAUCAUGACGGAUGGGUGGGGUUGUAACUUGGUUGCAUGGUUCUCGAGUGUGAACUUUGUGGGUGACAACGGAAUGGAAGUAUGUUACAUCUACAAAUACGUUGCAUCUACAAAUAUGUUACAUCUACAAAUAUGUAACAUCUACAAAUGUUACACCUACAGAGUAUGUUACAUCUACAAUUAUAAGAGUAUUUUUUGUAAUUUGCAUUAUAGUUGCUAACAGUUCAACCAGAAGAUGCACUCAACAGUUUUUAAAUACCCCCCCCCCCCCCAAAAAAAUGUGGUGGCACUUAAUUAGGAUUGUUCAAGGACUUUUUUGCAUAUCUGUGGUGACAAGAUACCAUGAAAAUUAUGGACAAAGCUCCCCCCCCCCAAUUAUGUUUAGUGUUAGCAUAUUUUACAUGUGGCCCAAGACAAUUCUUCUUCUGCCAAUGUGGCCCAGGGAAGCCAAAAGGUGGACACUUCUGGUGUACACAAAGCCUGUGGCCUCAGUGGGUGAUUGAAUUCCCUUUUAUGGUACAAUUACUAAAAUGAAAACUCAAUAAUCAGUGCUAGAUGUAUGAUUGUUCAUUAUGAGUCAGUUCUUAUGUCAUGCCUUUAAAGUCUUGGUUCUGCCCACUUCACUAGCAUUGCAGACGUAGUGUAGCUUCAGCACAAUGCGCCAAAUGACAAUUGGAGAGCACUGUCCUUAUAUACAUGUGAGAUGACUACCGAGGAGCUUCCAACUAAAUCUAAACAUUUGAAAAAUGAGUUUGUGUUUUGCAGGAGUUUCUUUGUGAUCCUUUGUGAAAGACUUCUCAUGGGGAAUAGUUAUGCUUAUUUUAUUUCAGUACGGUUGGUAGCCAUGGCUGUUUAUCUUUUUCUCCCAGUGCCAGCAAUUGGGUUAUGAGCAUCAUGUUUUGAAUCAACAUUUUGGAGAAGAAAAAAACCAUGCAAACUUGAAGCAUGAAUCUUUAAGAAUGCAUCCUUCAUCCAUAUAGAAUGUCCCUAUUUUAAGCCAUCUGCACAAAGAAAAAUAAAUGUUUGCUCAUGGAUGCCUAAACCAUUCAGACCUGAUGUCUAUUUUGCUGAUGGUAACUGAAACUUCUCUUUCCAUGCAUAAAUAUCAUUGAAAUCAAUGUCAUUGUUUAGAAUGUGUGGCGGAUAUUAUAUUGGAACAAAAGGAGAAUAUUGAUGCUUGCUGUAACCAAUGAUAAACCCGUCCUGAAAGAGGUUUUCCGCAUAUGUACCAGGGAUGAAGUACAAGAACAUUUUAGAAGAACGUCUGUAGAAAAUCUCUCCAGUGGAUUAUGUGCAGGGAUUGGUUUUACAGUGGAGAUAAGAUUCACAUCAAUUCUGUUUUCUUUGUGUUGCCUAAUGGGUUAAAAUGCAUUCUUAACAUACCACCUUCCCUACAAAAAUAUUUGUUUUUAUCAUUUAAAAAUGAUAACUUAUUUUGCUGGAUUUGCAAACUAAGGAGGAAGAGGUUUUCUGAAAUAGUAUUUUCCGUGGCCUUUCCAACCUAACUGUUAAUCCAAUUAGAGUAAAUUUGUUGAAUCAAUAGAGCUUAUAUAAAUGUUGACUUAUCAAAUUUCCAUUGGUUUAAUGUCUAUUUUUUUCCAUUAAUUGAAAAAUGAAGCCUUUCCCCAACAAUAUAUGAUAAUCAUUGAUACAUUUCAGACCAGCAGCAACAGCCUAUAGGAACGGUUACCUCCCAGGUAGACGGGAUGACUGUACAUGCAUGCAUGCAAUUUACUUCUCAGGUAUGAGCAUCUUUUGUCCCAUGAGUGGAUUUCCUCAUUCCUAAUAUAGUGAAUUUAGGGUUUUCCCUAGAAAAUGUUUAUUUACUAUCUGCCUCACAGAUUUUCUGCCCAGUUAAAUUAUGACUUCUAGAAUGAGUAUUUAAAGUUAACUGAAACUGUCUGAAAUGGUCUAAAUGCCUCCACACUCGGGAUAAAAUUCAUCACUAAUUCUUUUUUACCUGAAGGAAAUGAGUAAUUUCAACAUUUUUCCUGCUAUAAGAAAGAUUUUGACAGACUUUCAAAGCCUAUUCACAAUUAGGAACUUUUCUCUGCAAAAUCCACACAUUGAUCGGUACAGAAAAUAUCUUUCUGCACAAGGACACACACAUUUUACACAGAAUGCUCCAAUAACUUGUUCUGAAGACACAGCUUUUUCUACUAGAAAAUAUUUCUGCAUAAUAAAAUUACUGCAUUUCUUUGAUUCUAAGAUGCCAUUGAUUGUGAGAUGCACACAUUUAUAAACCCAUGAUUCUUAGACACACUCCAUUUUUAGAGAUGUUUCUGUGGGGAAAAAGUGCAUGUUAGAAUCAAAGAAAUACAGUAUUUUUUAUGCAGAAGGUGCUCUUUUGUAUGCACAAACAAACAGCUGUGAAUUUUGCACAGAACAAGUCCCAAAUUGCAAAAAAUUUCAUAAUUCCAAGAUUUGUCCCAUCAAGGUUUCUCAGUACAGUAGAGUCUCACUUAUCCAACACUCGCUUAUCCAAUGUUCUGGAUUAUCCAACGCAUUUUUGUAGUCAAUGUUUUCAAUACAUCGUGAUAUUUUGGUGCUAAAUUCGUAAAAACAGUAAUUACUACAUAGCAUUACUGCGUAUUGAACUACGUUUUCUGUCAAAUUUGUUGUAUAACAUGAUGUUUUGGUGCUUAAUUUGUAAAAUCAUAACCUAAUUUGAUGUUUAAUAGGCUUUUCCUUAAUCCCUCCUUAUUAUCCAACAUAUUCGCUUAUCCAACAUUCUGCUGGCCCGUUUAUGUUGAAUAAGUGAGACUCUAUUGUACUUGAAAAACAUAUUUUCCAAUCAUUUCUCAGAUAUUUUUAAUUAUUCUUUCCACACCUGCUCCAUACACAGUAGCCUUUGUAUCUGAGUUGUGUCUGAUUCAUUAUGGCUACCAUUGCAGACAGCACACUAUAGUGAGAAAAAAAAGUUGUAAUGUUUGAAAAAUGCACAUGCUAUGAUUCUACCACUCACUGGUGAGAAACAGCACUGGGAAUUAUGUAAGUGUUUAAAAAUAUUUGAACCGGUUUAUUAUAUUAAAUUCCAAUCAAAAGUAUUUCAUUGUGAAUCUCCAGGUUUUGCCUUCUGUUUUCCUUUUUGUUGACAGUUUUGCUAGUUUUCCUGUCUUCUAAAGCAUUGAAUGACUAUGCAAAAUUAUGGUAGAACUGGAUGUGCCUUUUAAUUUCCUCCCUUAUUCACACCUUCCCAUCCUGUUCCUCCAAUUCAAUUGAAACAGUGUGAGUUCUUUUCGCGUCACUUGAGAAUAACUACUGUAUCCUGGAAGUGUUUGCAAUCCGAUAAAGUUUGCACUGUUCCGAAUUGUUUGCUUGAAACACUACUCAUGUUAUGAAGAGGACUUCCUUGCCACAAGAGAAGAUAUGAAUGAGAUGUUGUUGCAAUUGUUUUAAAUUAAAAAACCAAGAAAUUGAA